UACUUGGGUGCCGACGGCACGACGGACAAGCAGCAGCUGAUCAAGAAGAAGGCGGACUGAGCGCGCAACAUCAACGAGCCGCGCGCAGCCGUCGAGAUGUACCUGUCCGCUGGCGAGACCGCCAGAGCCGUCGAGAUGUACCUGUCCGCUGGCGAGACCGCCAAAGCCGUCGAGAUGUACCUGUCCGCUGGCGAGACCGCCAAAGCCGUCGAGAUGUAUCUGUCCGCUGGCGAGACCGCCUAAGCCGUCGAGAUGUACCUGUCCGCUGGCGAGACCGCCAAAGCCGCCGAGAUGUACCUGUCCGCUGGCGAGACCGCCAGAGCCGCCGAGAUCAUGGCCGAGAACGGCUGGGUCGAGAUGCUCGUUGACGUGGGACGCAAAGCGGACAAGGCUGACCACCAGACGCUGUCGCUGUGUGCGCAGCACUUGCGGCAACUCAAGGCUCGCACCUACGCCAUCGAACUAUACCGGCUAAUUUACUUCAUUAAGGAAGAUGGGUGCGUUGCAGUGCGUAGUCGAGCUCUUCGUAGAGGAUGAAGAUUGGGAAGAGGCGUUCGCGUGGGCUGAGAAGCACCCGCAGUUCAAGGAGUUGGUCUACGUGCCUUAUGCCACCAGCUUGGCCGAGAAGGACGAGUUCCUCCUCGCGCAGAAACCCAUACAAAAUUCAGAUGCGGGUCCGACUCUGAAAUAGGUACCGCCUAGGACUCGGGGCGCGCGUAAAUAAGCUUCUCUAUGUCCGC